GGCAACUGCAUCGGACGCGGGCAGUUCGGCUCUGUGUAUCGCGCCCUAAAUCUGAACACCGGUCAGAUGGUCGCCGUCAAGCGCAUCGGGCUCGAGGGACUUAAGGAGGAGGAGGUCACGCAGCUCAUGCGCGAGGUCGACCUCGUCAAGAGCCUCUCGCACCCGAGCAUCGUCAAGUACGAGGGAAUGGCCAGGGACGAGAACUCGCUCAGCAUCGUACUCGAGUACGCCGAGAAUGGGUCCCUCGGACAGACGCUCAAGGCGUUCGGGAAGCUCAACGAGCGCCUGGUCGCGAGCUACGUCGUCAAGAUCCUCGAGGGGCUGCACUACCUCCACCGGAGCGACGUCGUGCACUGCGACCUCAAGGCGGCGAACAUCCUCACGACGAAGAACGGCAACGUGAAGCUGUCCGACUUUGGCGUCUCGCUCAACCUCCGCGCGAUGGAGCGCGAGAUCAAGGACGUCGCGGGCACGCCGAACUGGAUGGCGCCAGAGGUGAUCGAGCUCAAGGGCGCGUCGACAAAGUCGGACAUCUGGUCCCUCGCGUGCACCGUCAUCGAGCUGCUCACCGGGCGUCCGCCCUACGGGGACAUCGCGAACAGCAUGACCGUCAUGUUCCGCAUCGUCGAGGACGCGAUGCCGCCGAUUCCGGACGGGUGCUCGGAGCCACUCGUCGACUUCCUCGAGCAGUGCUUCAACAAGGACCCGUCGCUCCGGCCCAGCGCGGAGCUGCUCUGCGAGCACGAGUGGCUCAAAAAGCACUGGGGCGCUCACAAGGUG